UACUCGCUGAAGGUAAACAAUCAUGGUGCACCGCGACGCAAGAACACUACCCGAGAGACUACAGGUCUGUUGAAAGCCUGGCUGAAUGAGCAUCGGAAGAACCCUUACCCCAACAAGAGUGAGAAAAUAAUGUUGGCAGUGAUCACAAAAAUGAGUCUCACCCAAGUCUCCACGUGGUUUGCCAAUGCGCGACGUCGAUUGAAGAAAGAGAACAAGGCGACAUGGAGUAUGGCGCUGGAUCAACACUUCCCCGACCUGGAUGAGGGCUUCUCUGGUCCUGCUGGGGAAGAAUUUCGGGAAAGUGAGGCGUAUGUUACUUCCUCAUCUCCUCCACCGCCGCCUCGACUCUCUCUGCCACCUUAUGAGGAAGAAGAGAGAGAGGAGGAUGGGGACGUAAAAAGGGUCGGAGAGAAAAUGGAGAAGGCGACAACCAAGACGCCAGAGACGAAGUGCAGUGGAAAAAUUUGGUCUGUGGUGGAGAUGACGGAAGGUGGAUAG